AUGCGGAAGCCGAGUAGCUGGAAUCAGUUCAUGAAGACUAAAAAGGCAAGAGCUACCUUUCAAGGCCGUCACCAAGGAGUGAAGUAUUCUCCCGCUAUGGGUAGCGUCUCUGUGCUGUGGAAACAGCUAACUCGCGAGCAGCAAGAAGCCUUCAAGCAACCAGUACAAGCUACUACUGAUGGAAAUAUCGAAGGGGGGCAGGACGAACCGAAUGCAAACGAGUUUGGUGAAGAUGACAAUGAGAUGGAUGACAAAGUAGUUGGCAGUGGGAAUCAGGUUGGUACGCGUCGACCGAUAUCACUCAAAGUUGCAGCGACUGAAGUUGAGAACUUCAUGGACGACUGGGACGCAAAGGCAAUGCAUAUUGCCACUACUUUCAGCUGCGAACUCGUUGUAUUUGCUGUCUCAAAGUUCCUUGGACGACAUUCUUUUCAGUUUAUCCGGAGUACCCCAGGGGCAACCGACUUUGUCCAAGGAGCCGAAAGGGUUGACGGACCACGGAGCUAUGCUGCACGGAUGCAGUCCUACCUCACAGGUUACCAGGUCAGCGACAUUGCUGCUGCAAUCGCUCAGAUAAACAAUAACGGCAAACAGAAUGGCCAGUCGGGUGAAUCAGGCGGAAAAGAUCAAAAAGGAGCCUUUUCUCCUGAUCGUCCGGUCUCCGCCGUUUUAAGAAUGUCUGAGUUGAUUAAGAAGACCGACGGCGUUAUCACACAAUGGCCCUGGACCAAAACCGAUUAUAAUCUUGCUCAGCUCAAGUACCGAUUGGUCUUGGACCCCGCUGCAAAGAUUGAUGUCAAUUGGCUCAAGAGACCAAGUCAAGGGCUCGGUCCCAAGCGCUCAGCUGCGCUCCACCUGGCCCUUGACAAACAGCUUAUUGAUAUUGUUUUUGACCCAUCAAUUCCUGACAAAGUCUUUCCGGAAUCAUACGACACUCCUGGACCUUCUCCAUCACCUAGUGCAUCACCGCAACCGACCUCGCCUGCGCCUUUUCAAGAAAUCAACUCAGUGCACAUCCGCUAUCGUGGUGGCUUGAAGUAG